AGCGCGAGUCGCACGCGUACACCUUCCACCUUCCUCCUCCCCCGCGUGGGCCUCGACUAUUGGCCGCGCGCGCAGGUGCCAAAACCGAAACUUUCGCCUCAUGCAAAUAUUAACGUGCGGUUGUAGAGCGCGCGCGCUCCUGACACGCACACCGCCGAGGUUUGGGUGAACUUUACUUUGACUGGUACGGAUCGCGCGUGCUUUGUCUCUGGAUCUCUAAACUUUAAACUACGCAGUCCGUGCGCUCGCGCCGUCACUGCAGCUCGUCUGUGAAUAGCUGCGUUUGACAUUUUUUGUUUGCGUUGAAAGGACAGGUCACGUGAUGCCGCAGGUGACGGGGCCGGUGUUGCUGCAGCUCGCGCUGCUCCUGUGCGCUCUGCCCGCGCAGUAUCUCAUAACGCAGUGGACCAGCGGAACCGCCGCACAGCGCAGCCUGGCCACUCAGGGGAUCCUUGACGCGUGGAAAAGCAUGAGGACGUCGUAUCUAAACGUGACCGUCUUGGUAGACUGGAUCACUUCUUGGAUGCCCAAAAUUCCACUGUUGGGAGUGGAGGAGGAGCUGGAGGACAUGCAUGGAGAGAUCAUGGCGCUGGAGAUUCUGAUGCGUGAUAAUGAGCACGGCUACUUUGCAGCUUCAGAGGUGCCGCGCAGCCCCAGGCCAGCGUAUGUGCUGCACCGUGUUGGAGAGGUCGUCAUAGAUACCCAGAAUCACAUGGUCGGGGUGAUCGUGGGCUGGGACGAAGGACUCCGAGCUCCUCCAGAGUGGUUAAAGAGGAAAAAAUACACAGACUCAGAGGUGGAGAGACUGAAGGACACCCCACAUUACAAAAUUUUAUUCAGUGGACCAGACCCGUCCUCCCUGAUGAUUGGAUACCUGCCCCAGAAUGUACUCCAGCUGUUUGAGGGAUACAGGCUAGAAAUCCCCACUCUGGAUCAGUAUUUCUCCCACUUUAAUGGGAAAAAAUUUGUGAUGCUGGACUGGCUGAAAGAACUCUACCCUGACGACUGAGAGAGAAACGGAGACAGGACGCCCGGCGUGUCGGAUCGCACUGAUAUGUCGACGUGUUGUGAAGGUGUCGAAGUUGUUCUGUUGGGAAUUAGCACUCGUCACUUUGCGCGCAGCUCUCGUCACUGUCGUGCCUUGGAGUCUCCCGAUGGAGUGUGGAUGUGACUUAGGCUGUGACCACGCUUCUGCACUUUUACGGUUAGGACUGCAAAUUCAGGGAUGACUAACACAAAUAAAUCAAUUUCAACUAACCAUGUGUGAAUCAGAUGAAGGACUGGCUCACAGAGUGGCACGUUUUUAUUUUUCUAUUAUUAUUUAAUUGCCUGUGUUUAUUAAACAUACACUGGGUUUUUCAUGAAUGUAAUUCAGGUCAUUGAAGAGUUUAAAGAAUCAUCAGUAUUGUGCAAUGGAUGUCAAACAUGCUUUUAAACAGUGUUGUCAAGAAAAUAUCAUAACACUCAGUAUGUUUACAUGGACAACAGUAAUCUGAUAUUAACCCGAUUAAGAUGAUACUCUGAUUAAGAAACUAGCAUGUAAACAGAGAUUAUUGAUGACCUUAAUCUGAUUAAAGUCACACUCGAAGUAAACACAAACUGAAUUAAGACAUGUGGAGUAUUCCUGUUUUAGUCGCAUUAUCGACGUGCGUUACAGACAUGUACACACCUUAAUUACACUAUUAACGUCGUGUGGGAGUUUUCACCGCAUUUUGCGACAGGACACGUUCACACACGGCAGCGCUCAACCGUCUGACGGCAAACAGGAGAGCACGGCUGCGUCCCAAACCGCGUACUUGCCUGCUAUAUAGUAGGAGAAAUACAUGUACCUCGACUACUAUAUUAGAGGUAAGUACGCGGUUUGGGACGCAGCCCACGGCUUCAAGCAGUCGUCUAUUAGCACGUACAGCAUGACAAAUAAUUAACCGCACUUGAAGCUUUCAUAAAAUUAAAAAGAAAAACACCCAAAACUGUAUACGGUACCAUAACGAAGACCAACUGUAUGUCGACGUGAAAUUCUGGAGGGAACGUCGGACGGCGUGGCGCGGCGACGUACUGACGUGUGCCGUUAAUCGAUCUAUGUUCUAAAACACGUAAAACGGGAACACGAAAGGGAUAUUCUAAAAGCGACUCUUGUAAACACCUUAAUCACAAUAUCGUCUUAUUCAGAAUAAGCUCGAUAAUCAGAUUACUGCUGUCCAUGUAAACGUAGUCAGUGAAAAUGUAAUACAAACACAUACCUGAACUAAUCAAGCACAGUUUUUUUGUCAUUUGCAUAAGUAUGCUGAAGUGUUACAGCUGCUCGAGAUGUAUGAUAUUUGCAUUAUUGAGCCUCAGAGGGUUUAGUUUUGACUCAUUUUGGGAUUAGAUGGGGAGUGAGUACUUUCAAGUUUGUACUAUCAUGAAAAGAAAGACAAUGUAGGAUAAAUGUGGAUAAACUAGUUCAGUAAAAUUUCUACUGUUAAAAUCAACACUGUCUUGUGAAAUUCAGGGCCUCUCGGCAGAUUACAUGCCUACAUGUUUGUCCAUUUUUCAGUCUCCGGUCUAAAUAAAUGAUUGAGAUUCA